AAAGUGAAGGGCAUUACAACAAUUUUCUCAAAUAGGAACUACGUGAGAAAAGUACAGCUCAAUCCAAAAGAGUUGUGCGACUUUUGACAGCAAAACAAGAUCUCGAAGCAGUUCUCGGAAAAAAAGAAAAAAAGAAGAAAGAAAAAACCAGGAGAUUGGUCAACUUUGUACUUUCAAGAACUCUGCAAAGAUUACUACUUAUUUUGCAAUGAGCUCUGGUUGAAACGGUUGCAAUUUGAUUCUGUGACCGGAUUAUGUUGCGGCUGCUUUCGUAGCGGAGGCAGUCUCUCUUUCUUACCAGAUUUAUCGUAGCUGAAAAGUGUGCUUCUUGCCUGAAACAAUUUAAUGGAACAAAGUUUAGGUCAAGAGUCCGUUCCUGGUUUUGGAUCAUUUGACAAGUCUAAGGUUUUAGAUGUAAGGCCUUUGAGGCGUCUUGUUCCGUUGUUCCCGUCAGCUUCUAAUAAUUCUUCAUUUUCAACUCCACAAGGUGCUGCUCCUUUUGUUUGUGUUUCUCCUGCUGGCCCUUUCCCACCUGAGGUUGCCCCGUUUUUUCCGUUCUUCAUUUCUCCGGAGUCGCAAAGGCCACUAGAACAAAAUCUGCAAACACCAAUAUCAAAUGCAGUCCCAAUUAAUUCAUAUAGGACGCCUCCAUCCACAGAAGCUAAUGGAGAUACUAGGACAGCAAGAAGGCUUAAUCGAAGUCGUGGUCAGCCACAAUCCCAAAGUGGGAAUGCAGAGGAAGAUGGUUUGGAUGGAGACAAUACAAGGAAGGUGGGGAGGCCAAGGAGUAAGUUCGGGUCUCAGAAGAGGACAAGGGCUGGCCAGGACAUUAAUGUUGCUUUGCCUGAUGUUGACAUUGAUGCAAUAAUUGAUAAUGUUCUUACAACAUUUACCAAUACAUUCCAACAAACUGAUAGUGACAGGGAAUCGGUUGGAUAUGCACUCACGUCUUAUGACUUGGUGCGAAGAAGGAUUACACAAGUUGAAGAGAUGAAGGAAAGAAUACCAGGAGCCCCAAGAACAGGACGCCCUGAUCUAAGGACAGGAACACUCUUCAUGAAUAAGGGAAUUAGGACAAAUGCCAAGAGGAGGAUUGGUGCAGUGCCCGGUGUUGAAGUUGGGGAUAUCUACUUUUUCCGAAUGGAAUUGUGCUUGAUUGGGUUACAUGCUCCAACGAUGGGUGGCAUUGAUUACCUGGGAGUCAAGAACAGUACAGAGGAAGAGCCCUUAGCAUUGAGCAUCGUUUCUUCUGGAGGAUAUGAGGAUUCUGUGGAGGAUUCGAAUGUGUUGAUAUACAGUGGCCAAGGUGGUAAUGCUAGCAAUGAUUUCAGGAGAGGUAAGGAACUGAAGGAUCAGAAGCUUGAAAGGGGUAAUCUCGCUUUGGAGAAAAGCUUGCACCGGGGUAAUGAUGUCAGAGUAAUUCGAGGUUUAAAGGAUGUAUCUAAUCCAACUGGGAAGGUAUAUGUCUAUGAUGGUCUAUAUAAAAUUCACGAAUCAUGGGUGGACAAAGGGAACAGUGGUUGCAAUGUAUUUAAGUAUAAAUUGGUAAGGUUACCUGGUCAGCCUGAAGCAUUUACCAUUUGGAAAUCAAUUGAACAGUGGAAAGAAGAAACUACUACUACGAGAGUUGGACUUAUAUUGCCUGACCUUACUUCAGGAGCUGAAAAUUUACCUGUUUCUCUGGUAAAUGAUGUUGAUGGCGAGAAAGGCCCUGCACACUUCACAUAUAUUUCUAGCCUGCAGUAUUCUAAACUGGUGAAUCUUACAGAACCUGCUGAUGGAUGUCUCUGUAUUGGUGGGUGUCUCCCUGGUAACUCCAAUUGCUCAUGCAUUAAGAAAAAUGGAGAUUUUCUCCCGUAUACUGCAAGUGGGCUUCUUGUGAACCAAAAAUCCUUACUUCAUGAAUGUGGUCCAUCCUGUCAGUGCCCUCCAAAUUGUCGGAAUCGAGUGUCUCAAAGUGGCCUGAAAGUUCGUCUGGAGGUGUUUAAAACUAAGGAUAAAGGUUGGGGUCUGCGGUCACUGGAUCCCAUCCGCGCUGGUUCUUUCUUAUGUGAAUAUGCAGGACAAGUUCUUAAUAUUUCUGGGGUAGAAGAAAUGGGGAGUGAUUAUGAAGACGAUUACAUUUUUGAUGCUACUCGUACCUGUCAGCCACUCGGAGUUUUGCCUGGUGAUUCUAAGGAGACUUCAAAGGCCCCAUUUCCUCUAAUUAUAAGUGGCAAUACUGCUGGAAAUGUUGCUCGUUUUAUGAAUCAUAGCUGUUCUCCAAAUAUACUUUGGCAGCCAGUUUUACGAGAAACUAAAAAUGAGGCUGACCUCCAUAUUGCGUUUUAUGCGGUUGGACACAUUCCUCCUAUGACGGAGUUGACAUAUGAUUAUGGGGUGGUCCCUCAAGAGAAAGCAUACCAUAGGAAGAAAGUGUGCCUUUGCGGGUCAAUAAAGUGCAGAAGCUUCUUUUACUAAUGGGUGUAUCAGAUGAGGAUGAACUUUGAUGAAUUAUGCAUCUAGAAGAAGGUUUGUAUUACUUGGCGGAAAGAAGAGGGUGAUGCAGUAUGUGUGUCCCGUUUUCUGUUUUCUUUAUCUUGGAAGGCAUCUGGCUUCACAGGUAUUGAGGAACAUCAUACUUCCCCCUUGUGACUUUAGUUAAUUGGCACAUGCGAGAUCCGUUCUCAGCAUUGUCAAUGUACUAUUAAUGUAUGAAGUUGUAACAUUAAAAUCCUAGGAGAUUUCCUGUGGAAAAGUAGGUUUCUUUGUUGUUUAUUAACGACUUGCUUUGUGGAAUGGGAGGACCUAAACCCUAUGUGCAUUUGCACAGGGUUAUAAGUGCAUUUUCUCUAGGGCAUGCACUGGCUUCCAUCUGUGCGUGUGGGUUUGUGUUUUCCUUGAGGCCCCAGGCUUGUUGGAAAAAAUGGUUUUUGAGUGUUGUAGACCGGAGACUGGGGACUGUUUUGAAGUUAUUUUAUUGUACAAAAUCAUAUUGUCCAUUA